AUGCUGGACCGAUUUCGUUCAAGACAAAUGCCCUCUUCCACAUCCCUCCUCCAACGAUUUCACACGAUGUUCAAGCGCCGAGGACAACCCACUAACCAGAGCGAAAAAAAACCGCAUUCCUCGGCCCUAGCUAUCCAAUCAAAUGGGUGGAAUAUACCACUUCCCCCAGAUCUAAUGUAUCACAUCAUUGACACCUACCUCGCCACAUCCGCUAUCAUAGCUUUGUGCAUUGCCUUCCCAGUUCUCCGGUCAUUUUGUCACCCCCAACCAUACCGACACAUUACUGUCUACAUUCAUAAAGCCUGGUUACCCUCUCAAAAACUUUUCAUUAGGAUUGAAUUAUCCGAAUGUCCUCCUACCCUAGAGCAAGACAACUCCAUAUCCCUUUCGACUCUAGAUGACUUAGGCUAUGCUGGCACGGAAAAAGCGCGCGGCGUCCUUUCCUUGGUUAGCGAUCUAACCCAUGAUCUAACAUCGAUCCAUCUGGACAUCACAGUAAAAUGGAACGAACUUGAUAAAUACGUGAAAGUCUACAUCUUCGCUCUUCUGCAACGCAGCGGCUUACGCUCAGCCACGCUGAAAAGCUUCGACUUUCCCGUAAACCUAUUGGGUGUGGUGCAGAAUCUCAAGACACUCGACGUGGAUACGUCUUUGGGGUGUCCUGACAAUGUUUAUCCGCCGGGAGAAAGAGGAAAGGUGUACGUCGAAGAAGUUCGUCUCCGUGGCGGUCUCCAACAUUGCCUCAUCGGCCCCAGAACACCGUUUAAUUGGUCUAAGUUGAGAGCGAUUGAGUACUACGGAUAUCGGGGUAACCUGCAAGAGUUACUUGAGUUGUGUUCCUCCUCUCUUCAAGUACUAGAACUUGCAAUCUAUGGUGAAGAUGAAUAUAUCGACCUCGGCGUUCUUGCCGACCUACGUCAUCUCACUUUAUCCAUAAGUCUUACCAAUAGUAAUGAACAGGCAAUGUAUGCCAAUCCUGGAACCCACUCCUCAAUCAUGCCGUUCAGGUGGGUCCCCUACAUGUUGGCGUCCUGCAACGAGCACAACGCUGUGGAAAAGAUUGUCCUUAUACUGAGUACGGUAGACCGUCAAGAUUUAAGACGGUGUGACUGGCGCUCCGUGGACAAAAUCUUCGAGAGGGAGGGGACGUGGAUGUCGUUGAAGGAGGUGCUGGUCGUGAAUUGUAAUUUCGAUGAACAUUGCACCUAUCGCGAACUGCAACCAGAUCAGUUGGAGUAUAUUGAAGCUAGUCCGACGCCUUGUCUUCAGGCAAGGGAGGUAAUAAAUUGGCGUCAAUACGUUAAAGAUAUCAUGUAA